AUGAGAGCCACCGUUAAAGUUUCGGACAAACAGACAGACAGGACAGGUUCAACGAUACGAGGCGUCGUAUCCCAGAAGUUGUGCCUUUGGAUAUUUGUAACUUCACAGCAUCUAUUUAACCACACGAACGUGAAUGAAAACACCCAGGUUGUGCAGAAAUAUCCUUGGCUUAUACAACGGACCAAUUACCAAUUACAGUGCACAUCUUGUGGUAUCCCAGUAAUUCAGUGCAACAGAUGCACGUGUGAAUCAGAGAGCUUCUGUUCAGAAUGCACAAGAGUUUUAACACCCUCCUACCAAACUCUUCUCCCAGGAACAAUCAUGGAAUAUUGGUGUUCUUGUGUGGAAAAAACUCAGGAAGUGAAUAGUUCAGACUCGGAGUUCAAUCUUCAGUCCCAAAAUGGAGAAAGAACGUUUGAAUAUCCUGGUCAAAUUAACCAAGCAUUCUUGCCAGAAAACUGCACAGGAGUUUCUAAUGGGAAGACAUUGCAGUGUGGGUCACCGCCCUACCAGAACACUCGCCACGUGUCUCCACCAAAAGUAGUGUACCGCUUCUUUGUUUUCUUAGAGAAAAGUAUAAACUACGAAAAAGAUCUGGACCUCUUCUUGAGAUCGAAGGGUGUCCAUAAAGAACGCAGAGUUUCAAGCGGCUCUAGGAAAUUUUACGAAUACCAAGAUAAAUUGAUAGAAGGAUACGAAGAAGUUGCCAAAAAUAGUAACGACAAAUACACACGGUUAAGGAAACUACAGAAAAAGACCAAUCUGUACGCCAAAAUCAGCUUUGCUGCCAAUCUGAUUUUGCUGGCGGCUAAGCUGGUCGCUGCUGUUCUAUCAGGAUCCAUGGCCAUCAUAUCAAGUCUCGUGGACAGCGUAGUGGAUCUGGCUUCCGGUAUCGUUGUCUGGGUGACGACUAGAGCUGUCCGGAAAACCGAUUCUUUUAAAUACCCCAAUGGGCGCCACCUGCUGGAGCCCCUGGCAGUGAUCCUGUUGUCGGUCAUUAUGGGGAUGGCAUCUUUACAAUUAAUAAAGGAAGCAGCUGGUAAAAUCACAGCCUUAUCCAGUGGAUCCACAGCGCCCCCUACCGUGGAUUACGUCACUAUAUCUAUCUCGGGCAUGACCAUUGUACUGAAGUUGGCCCUAUUCUUACUGUGUCGCCGGAUAAAGACUCCAACAGUACAAGCUUUGGCUCAGGACCACAGGAACGACGUUCUCUCCAAUACACUGGCCAUCGUAUGUGGAUACAUAGGAUCGAGAGAAAUCCAGGAUGAACUUGGAGAGGGUUGUCUUAUAUACGUGGAUCCAAUAGGAGCCAUCACAAUAUCGUUAUAUAUUGCAGUCACAUGGUACAUAACUGGAAGAGAUCAAACAAAGCUCCUGACAGGAUUUAGGGCAGAUCCUGUUAUCAUCAGUAAAUUAAUCUGGACCUGUAUGAACCAUCACAGAUUUAUAGAAUCUGUUAACCACGUGAGUGCUUAUCACGUGGGGUAUGACAUCACAGUUGAAAUGGCCAUUUGUGUAUCAGCAGAGCUGCCAAACUACAAAGCACAGGAAGUGAAGGAUUCUUUAAAAUCGAAGCUGGAAAAGAUAGAUAAAAUUAGUAAAGUUUACAUCAACAUGGUAUCAUACUGUGACAAGCAAUGCAGUAGACUGUAAUUUGUUCUUAUACCAGUAUUGAUUUAACAUGUGUCUCAACAUAGUACAAUGUAUGUCUCGCACCAUUCCAUGGGGGAUUCGCCGGCAUGUCUCCAGCAGUAGCCUCUUAUAGGGCAAAAUGUCUAAAAGAUGUAAAAAUGAACAAACAUGUUAGUUGCUAAAAUGAAUAUAAUGUUUAUCUAGA